AUGUCACAGAGGAAGUUAUUGCAAGAAGUUGACAAAGUAUUGAAAAAGGUAAAGGAAGGUUUAGCAGAAUUUGAUAUAAUAUAUGAUAAAUUCCAAACUACGGAAUCAGAUAAUCAAUCUUAUCGAGAGAAAUUAGAGUCUGAUCUAAAAAGGGAGAUCAAGAAGUUACAGAAACAUAGGGAGCAAAUCAAGUCGUGGUUAAGUAAAGAUGACGUAAAGGAGAAAACAUCCUUGCUAAUGGAGAAUAGAAGAUUGAUUGAAAAUGGUAUGGAACGAUUUAAGUCUGUGGAGAAAAUUAUGAAGACUAAGAAGUUUUCUACAGAGGCACUAAGUAAUCCAGACUUAAUUAAAGACCCUCGAGAAUUAAAAAAACGAGACCAGUUCCUGUUCGUUGAGGACUGUUUGGAGGAACUUCAAAAACAACUUGAAUCAUAUGAAGCGCAGGAACUGACUGAGAAGAUUGAAAGGCAUCAGUUUCAUAUUUCCAAUUUGGAAAAUAUUCUGAAAAUGUUACAGAAUAAUGAAUUGGAACCAGAUACUGUUGAAGAGUAUCAGGAGGAUAUCAGAUAUUAUGUGGAUAACAACGAUGAUCCAGAUUUCAUUGAAUAUGAGACUAUAUAUGAAGAUAUGGGUUGUGAAAUUGAAGUUGAUGAACCAAAGGAACAGCCGACACCUGUAAAGUCGAAGACGAAAUCUGAACGUUCGCCAAAAAAGAAGAGUUCUUCUCCCGUAUUGGCAAUUGCGAACACAAAAUCAACUAUCUCAACUGCAGGAAGCAUGACAGCAACCAGCGCACCAGCAUCUCAGGCCUCUUCCUCCAGUCCAGUAUCCGCAGGGGCUAAGAAUGUUAAGAAGGAUUCUGCUCCUCAGUCUCCAAUUGGUAUCCCUCCUCCCAAGAAUUUAACUUCGAAGAUCUCAGAAAUCAUAGAGAACGAUUUAGCAACAAAGUCUGCAUUCCAAAACCCACUGUUUAAAGAGGAACUCGUAUAUUGGCUACAAGCUAAAAGACCAUUAAUUCAACCUUAUGAUACAAUGCCAGACAAAAUGAUAAAACAGUUAGAGUCGUCUUUGUUAAACUGUCCUGACUCGCUUGAUGCAGAUACCCCACAUUUAUUCCAGCACCCACUUUCCUUGCCACAUCCUACUUCAAUAUUCUUCCCUAAUGAACCAAUUAGAUUUGUAACUACUACACUAAACUCUAGUGGUACAAUAACAAACGACAUAUACGGUAAGACUUCAAUGGCGCAAAUCUUGACGAAAUUUGAUCUAGAUACCCUAUUUUUUAUUUUUUAUCAUUAUCAAGGGACAUAUGAACAAUUUUUAGCUGCUAGAGAGCUGAAUAUUCGGGGAUGGUUAUUCAAUAGAGUUAACCGUUGUUGGUUUUAUAGGGAAGUUGAGAAAUUGCCUCCAGGUAUGGAACAGAAGGAGGAAGUAUCAUGGAGGUAUUUUGAUUAUCAAAAAAGUUGGCUGGCUAGACGCUGUGGACCAGACUUCGUUUAUCGCGAAGAGGAGUUCGAACGACUUUAA